AUGGCUUCCGCUCUCACUUCUUUCCGGCCGGCAGUGGUCCGGGCCUCCGCUUCUUUCUCUAACAAACCCGACCCGAAUGUCCGGAAACCCGCAUCGGCCAACUGGUGGGCCCCGCUCUUCGGCUGGUCCUCCGAUGCGGACUACAUAGACCCCACCGCCGGGGGUCCUUCAACUAACGAGACAGGUGUCUCGGACAUGGAAUCCGGCCAGCUUAGGUCCAGAUUUGCGCUGGGGUGCUUCACGGAAGAAAAGGCGAAGCAGCUUCGGAGGAAGACCAUGGAAAGCUCGGCGUUCCACGAUAUAAUGUACCACUCGUCAAUCGCGUCCCGGCUCGCCUCCGACAUUUCUGAAUCGUCCGAGAAGUAG